AUGCCAGACCAACCGAUCCAGUCCCGAGUGGUCCGUCGGAGGAAUCCACGCCCCAUUAAUUCAUGUGUUGAGUGUCGCACCCGCAAAAGUAGAUGCUCCAAAACCCACCCUUGCCAGAAUUGCACCGCUUUUGGUCGAGAGUGUGUCUUCAUCACAGUUCCCGAGAGUGCCGCCCGCAAGAAGCAGAGGGAGAGCCUCUCCAAAUCCAAUGGCGACUGGACCGAACCCAUCCCCGUGAGGACCGCAUCCCAGGCCACCACCACCACUACCAAGGCCGAACAGUAUGACACUAAAUACGAAACCAAAUAUGAUGUCUCUAGCACUAGUGCCAUCACCACUACCCCAGGAACUCCACCCAGAGAUUAUGAGUGGGAAGCUUACCAGCAGCAUGUCGAGGUCGACGACGGCGACGCCUGGGAGAAACUCCCCGCCGAACCAGAAGAGACCAAUGACGACGUCUACGAGGACGAAGAUGACGACGAGGACCAGAUUGCAACUGACUUGACCAUUCGAAUUGGCCGCAUGAUCAUUUGUGAGAACAUCACUGGAUUCUUCCGACCUCAGUACGCAGAAGAACUGGGGAAACUCCUUGUCGAGCAUCCCGCUACCACCACAGCAUCUGUGGCAGGGCAGCGCGCUCCACAGUCUUCUGGACUUCUAUCUGCGGAGCAUAUGCCUUCAUUGGCGCCGUCGCUGAGUUUGCUGUUGGGAUCUUCAACACCCCUCCCGCAAUGCAACGAUUUGGAUCCUCCAGACCUUCCGAACAAGGCCGAAACAGAAGCCCUGGCCCAGAGAUAUCUCGAAGCCGUCAGUCCGCUUGCUCAUGUCUUGCAUAUGCCUUCCUUCAGACGCCUAUUUGACCGAUUCUGGAUGAAUGUCGAGCUCGGUACUCCGAAUCAGAAUUCUUGUACAGCUCUGAUCCUCGCAGUCUGUAUGGCUGCCGCUGCAUCCUUAUCUCCUCUGCAAGCGAAAGCACAGUUCGGCAUUACUAAGGAAGACUUAUUCAUCCGACUGCAGAAGGCUACGGAACGUGCCCUACUCCGGGCCAAUUGGGCGAAAACCUCGAAUAUUCGCACAUUGCAGGCACUCACAAUUUAUCUGAUUUCGCGAGCGACUUCGGUAGUAGUCGGUGCAUUAGUUCGACUAGCGCAAUGUAUUGGCAUUCAUCGCUUAAGCCAUACAUCUGCGAACAGCCUGACGCCAUUGCAGCGCCACGUGCGCUCGCUGCUGUGGUACCAGAUCUGUUUCCUCGACUUCAAAACAGCAGAAGCCCAAGGUCCUCAUCCAUCCAUCCGCGCUGACGACUUUGAUAUCCCUCUUCCACUCAAUGUAGAUGAUGAUGUCUUCGAAUUCGGAUCUUCGAAGUGGCAACAUCACCCAACCCCUGCUCAGGGGUGGACUGAUGUCACGCUAUCACUGAUCCGAUAUGAGUGCAACGAGAUUCAUCGACUCAUCUUCCGAGGAAGGAUAGAGAUGGACCGCAAGACCAUCACACUCCAUGACUUGCGCGCUCGGGUAGAGGCGAAAAAGAAGUACAUCCAUGCCAAGUACCUCCGAUACCUGGAUGCGUCAGAUUCUAUCCAGCGCUAUGCAGGUUUGGUGGCCACCUUGCUCAUGUCGCGAUGCGACUCUAUGCUUCUUUAUCGGCACUUGCCGCAAGCCUCACUUCAACCGCGGUCGGAUCCCGAGAAUCGACUCCGAGACAUAUUGUUGACUGCUGCGCUCAACACGCUAGAGAUUGGAGCCACCCUUGACACGUUACCUUCGCUGAGCGCCUGGGCGUGGUAUUCCACCACCUAUCAGCAGUACCAUGCGGUUCUUCUGCUCCUCACAGAGUUAUAUCGAACGCCCGACCUGCCAAGGAAAGACCGAAUGAUGACGAUAGUCGAUCAUAUUUUCGGACACUGCUACGGUGUUGGUAUUCGAGAACGCUGCUCAGAUCUACUGUGGACCGUGAAGGAAAACCUUGAAGCUUUCUACAUCAUGAAAGGAAUUAACAAAAAGCGCACGACGCAGUCUCUCCAGCAGCCUCCAUAUCGACCCCUUCGCCAAGGCUCCAUGAAUACCCCAGAGUUCCAAAUGGCACUGCAAAGUCAAUUGCAGACGCCAAUGGACAACCUAGACUUUGACAGUCUGCUCGGAGGUCUAGCAUCGGGCGGAAGUGCAGAAGGAUUUGAGGACUUCCUAGCACAGAUGCCACAAGCUGAAGGCCAUGGGGCGAUAUUUAUGCCAGCAGACACCAAUGGAGUACAGGUACAAGGUAACGAAUGGAUGGAAGGCAGCGUGCAGAGCGUACAGAGCGUGCAAAGCACAAGUCCCAAUGCAAGCCUACAUCAAUGGGAAAAUUGGAAUAUACAGCCCCAGAAUUGA